AUGGCGACGAAACAACCUUUGAAGACGACUUUCGAUGUCGGAAGGGUCAUUGGACCGCUUUUCACCGGUGGCUCUUUUGCAAUUGACAAUGGCAUCAGCAUUCUAGCGACCACACUCGGCGAGGAUGUCGUCCUCACCAACCCCUCCAACGGGGAGAACAUUGCAAAGAUUGAGGGGGAUGGCGAACUAGUUUCUACCAUGACUCUGACGCCCUCCGGCAGUCACCUAAUUGUGUGCUCUAGGUCCCUAUCAAUGAAGAUUUACGCUAUACAAAAGUCGGAAGACGACGGCUCCUUCGAACUUACCCUGGUGCGCACGGUCAAGCCUCACUCGACCCCGAUUGUCGUGCUCGCCGUCGACCGGACGAGUACCCUGCUUGCUACCGGCGGGACGGACGGCGUAAUCAAGGUCUGGGACAUCGCCGGAGGCUAUGUGACGCACACAUUUAGGGGCCCUAGCGUCCUGGUAUCGGCACUACGCUUCUUUGAAGUCGCCGGAAGGGCGGACGUGGGUGGCAAGAAGGGCAAGAAGUCAAAGAAGCAGGGCGCACCCGCGGCGGGUGACCAGGACGAAGAAGACGACAGCGAUGCGACGGUCAACUUUAGGUUGGCGACGGGUUUCCAGGACGGCAAGGUGCGCGUGUGGGAUCUCCACCGGCGCAGCUGCAUCGCGAACCUCGACUCGCACGUGGCUGAUGUCCAGGCCAUCGACUUCUCUCCAACGCAGCAGGCGCUCGUGUCGGCGAGUAGGGACAAGACGUUAAUAUGGUGGGACACCAGGUCGUGGAAGAUCCGCAAGAUCGUUCCCUGCCUCGAGAUGGUGGAAACGGCUGGGUUCAUCGACGACGGCCGGCUGACGUACUCGGGAGGCGAAAGGGGAUACCUGCGAAUCUGGGACACCGAACUCGGGCGGGAAUUGACGAGCCAGCAGGACACGAGGGGCGAGAGCGAUGCCCUUGUCGGGAGCAUUUACCGCCCCGACUUACCCUUCAUAGUCUGCGCGCAGAUGGACCAUACGCUUGCCCUCUACCACCCUCCUUCGAAAGAUGACACGACCGCUUCCGCCGCUCAGGAGCCGUUUAGGCGGAUCUCGGGCACUCACGACGACAUCAUCGACCUAGCAUACCUCACACCGCAGCGCAAUGUCAUGGCGCUAGCUACGAAUGCCGAAGAGAUUCGCAUCGUGUCCACAGUUGAGCCUGAGAGCUUGACUACGCCGGGCAGCUCGUGGCUGUCUGGGGGUGUCGCGACUUUUGGUCAGGAUGUUGGGUUACUCAAGGGUCACGACGACAUCGUCAUCACCCUGGACACUGACUGGUCUGGAUACUGGGUCGCGACGGGUGCCAAAGACAACUCGGCUAGGCUCUGGAAAGUAGACCCAAGCACGGAUACCUACGAAUGCUACGCCGUGUUCACGGGCCAUGCCGAGUCCGUUGGCGCCGUCGGCCUCCCCAAGACGAUUCCGCAGGAGACGAGCCAAGCCUUCAAAGAUCCUCUCAACACCCCGCCGCCCUAUCUCAUCACCGGCUCGCAAGACCAGACCAUCAAGAACCCACGAAAGGACAUUAACGCCGUAGAUAUGCACCCCAUGGGCCACCUAUUCGCCUCGGCGUCGCAGGAUAAGACAGUCAAGAUCUGGUCCGUGGAGGAAGGUGAGGUCCAGGGCAUCCUACGAGGCCACAAGAGGGGCGUGUGGUCCGUCCGGUUCGCUCCGUCAGGGUUACCCGCACUUCAAGGCGAGGAAGGCUCGGUGGCGGGCAAGGGCGUGGUACUGACGGGUAGCGGAGAUAAGACGGUCAAGUUGUGGAACUUGGCCGAUUAUUCGUGCAUCCGGACGUUUGAGGGACACUCUAAUAGCGUGCUCAAGGUGGCCUGGCUCAACGUGCCUGCCAAGGAAGAGCAGCAACAUCGACCCAUCCUCGUGGCCAGCGCGGGUGGCGACGGCCUUGUCAAGGUGUGGAAUGCCAAUACGGGCGAGGCCGAGUGCACGCUCGACAACCACGAGGACCGGGUCUGGGCGCUCGCAGUACAUCCCGGAACGAACACGCUCGUGUCGGGGAGCGGCGACUCAACGGUGACGUUUUGGCGCGACACGAGCACGGAGUCACGGGCGGCCGCGACACAGGCGGCGCAGCAUCUCAUCGAGCAGGAGCAGGAGCUGGAGAACCACAUCCAUGCGGGGUCGUACCGCGAGGCCAUCACGCUCGCGCUCCAGCUCAACCACCCGGGCCGGCUCCUUCACCUCUUUACGCGGGUCGUCACCACGGACAAGCCCGACGCGGGCAGCCUGUCGGGCGUGGCCGCGGUGGACCAGGUGCUCGCCAGCCUCUCGGACGAGCAAAUCUUUCUCCUCUUGCUGCGGCUGCGGGACUGGAAUGCCAACGCGCGAACGGCGCCGGUGGCGCAGCGCAUCCUCUCGACGCUCAUGCGGAGCUAUCCGGCCCUCAAGGAGGUCCUCCACGCCCUCAGGGUGUACACGGAGAGGCACUACAAGCGCAUGGAGGAGCUCGUGGACGAGAGCUAUCUCGUCGAGUAUACGCUGCAGGAGAUGGACGACUUGGCGCCUUCGAUGGAUGUCGAGGUGGUGAUGACGGAUGCAUAA